CGACAAAGCGCUGAUCUUGGUCGGGAUGGUGGGCGCGCUGCUGGCCUGUCAGGCCACCCUGCUGGAGGGUUGCCAGUCGCUGUGUACGGCCAUCAUCUGUCUGGGAUUCCCCAUCAAGACACCGCGCGGAAUUCACGGACGUUAUGGCAGUCCGCUGUUGAAACUGCAGACGGCCGUGCAGUUCGUCAUCGGUCUGGCCGGGCGCAACUGUCCUUGGAGGAGUUUGUGGAGUUCCGCAGUAAACUGGAGGUGGACAGUGAGGUGGUGCUGGCCACCGGCUGCGACGACUAUCUGCGCGUGAAGCACUACGUCAAGUCGCGGCUGCGCAUCACGCAGAGUAUGGCCGAUCGAUGUCUGCUGGAGGAAUGUGUGCAUUUUCUCUACCGGAUUAUUCCCAAGGCUGAACGCCUGCGGCAGGUGGCCAAGGCCCGGGCGGAGCUGCCCGUGGUGGAGGUGUCGCCCAAGAAGCGCAAGAAGCCCGCUACGGCUCGUCCCGCUGCGAAACGCGUUAAACCCAACGCCCAUGCGGACACACCCACGAAAAACAGCCACAAAGUGGAAACGCCGUCACUGAGCACCGAGAGCCCCUCCGGCGGCUCCUCGGCCUCCCAAUCGCAGGACUCCACCUCCGGGAUCCCCACGCCCUGGCCGGCCGCCACCCCGCCUCCGAACCCUACCCCACCGCCUCCCGUGGCCCCGCUGCUGCCCCUCCCAGCCUCCUGCCCCCUGCCCUCCAUCAGCACCUCAGCGGGGCUCCUCCACCGCCUCCGACAGCCUGCGCAGUUUGGGUUUCAGCGCGGGGAGCCGUUGGUGCGUGCCGCCGCCGCUGCUGGCAGGCGCCGUGCAGUCCACCUGGAACCUGUCGGCCACGGAGAUCGCGCAGAUCGGUUUGCGCAUGCCGGGGGGCACCGGGAGUGGAGGAGGCGGUGCCUGGACGGGACUGGAGCAGCGUAUGUCGGUGAUUGCGCAUACCGGGGCGCGUGUCCCUGCGCCAACCGCCCCCGGGGUAUGGUCGCCCGGGAGGAUGAUGCCGACGCCGCCCGGCAACUGAAAUUGUGUGCUCAGUCGGAGGGGAAAUUGUGGAAUAGUGGCAUUUUUACAUUUGACGGGAAUGAUUUGUUGUAUUAA